AUGACAGUGCUAGCCGUUGUAUUCUUCGCCAUCGGAUCUGCGAUCUCUGGCGCUGCUAGCAGCAUGCCCAUGCUCGUAGCCGGGAGAGCUAUUAUGGGCGUUGGUGGUGGCGGCAUUCUCGUCAUGAUCGAGAUCAUCAUCUGCGAUCUCUGCCCCCAGCGCGACAGGCCCAAAUAUCUGGGAAUAGUGAUGAGCAUCUUUGGUCUGGCCAUGUGCGUUGGUCCACUGAUCGGCGGUGGUCUGGCAGAGCAUGCGAGCUGGAGAUGGAUCUUCUAUCUCAACCUUCCCGUUGCUGCUGUCUCCCUGGUCCCACUGUUGCUUUUUCUGCGCGUCAAAUACAAGAGGGACGCGAUUGGAAAGAUGCUCGCGCGGGUAGACUGGGGAGGAAAUACUCUUUUCGCAGCAGCUGUCACGUCCAUUCUAGUGGCGCUUACCUGGGGAGGGACAGAACACGCUUGGUCGGCAUGGCAGACACUUGUUCCGCUAUUCCUCGGAAUUGCAGGUCUAGGUCUCUUUCUCUGGCUUGAGUCAACAACACUCAUUGAGCAACCAACAAUGCCUCUCCGACUCUUCGCCAACCGCACCUCUUCGGGAGCAUUCGGUCUUACCUUUGUCGCUUCCAUCCUGACCUAUUGGAUGGCGUACUGGCUACCUAUCUACUUUCAAGCUGUCAAAGAAGAUUCCCCAACACAGUCUGGAAUCUCUACGUUACCUGUGUCGAUGAUCAUGAUCCCCUUCUCGAUUCUUGCAGGUGGCGGCGUGACAGUACUCGGAAAGUUCCGCCCAUUCCAAUUCGCAGGCAUCUCUUUGAUGACCAUAGCCAUGGGCCUGUUCUCUCUUCUGGACAUCGAAUCGUCAAAGGGACAUUGGGUCGGCUUCCAGGUUGUUGCUGCUGCCGGCGGCGGCUUGCUGCUAACCUGCACACUCCCUGCCGUCCAAGCACCACUUCCUGAAGCUGAUGUUGCCAUUGCCACAGCAACUUGGGGGUUCUUGCGAAGCUUCGGUGGCAUCUGGGGCAUCGCCAUCCCAACUGCCAUUUUCAAUUCGCAUGUAAACACCUUGCUCGACCAAGGCCGAGUGAGCGAAGAGGCUGUUGUCAACGCCUUGCGAAAUGGCGGCGCAUAUGCCUUGGCUUCGGUGGGUUUCAUCCAGUCUAUUCCACCCGAUAUCAAACAGCAGGUCAAGACGGUCUACGUAGAAAGCUUGCGGCUCGUGUGGCAAGUUGCUAUCGGAUUCGGCAUCCUUGGCUUUCUUAUCACAAUAAUUAUCAAGGAGGUCAAGCUACGGGAGGAUCUUGAGACUGAUUUUGGACUCGUCGAGGGAGCCAAUAACAGUUCCAGCUCAGAGGUGGCUGCAGAAAGCGGGAGAGGCGUUGUGGAGAGUAAGGCCGAAAAGUCCGUGACCGGCACAGCAUAA